AAACCGAGGGGAGGUGGCUGAAAGACCGCAGUCUGCUCCCGUUCUCGUUCUGAGUUCCAGACACGCUAUUGGUCAACUCUCUUAUCUCGCGAUACUAGUGUGACCAAUUGGAGCGCAGCAACCCCAACUUAAAUCGAAUGUUUCUUUUCCUGCGGGGUAGCAAGAUACGUAUUUAGCGCUGCUGUGAAUGGACUGUCCGCUCGUACUCUAAUUUACAACAUAGAUGACAACAAGACGUCUCCAUUGACUUAACCUGCUCGAGGCUUCACAAUGGACAACGUCGCAGUUUCUAGACGAAACACCGAUAAGAAAUUAAACAAGGAGAACGCUCAGCCUGCAUAUGAAGGCAAGUCCGUGAUCCGAACAGACAAACUGUCCGCUAAACCCUUCCAACUGACAAACAAUACAAAGGACACCCUGGCAAGAAACGGUCCUCCUAAAGCCAAGGCGUACCCGCGGUCAACAUCUGUCGAGCCUCUGAAAAAGGUCAAGACUGUGCAGAAAGGAGCUGCUGCUGCUUCUGAUGUCAAACCACGUCAAACGCACAGCCGGGCCUUCCUCAGCGAGCAGAUUGUGAAACAUCAGAAAAUGGUUGCAGAGGCUCCAAAGCUCCCGGCCGCUCAGCCGUCAUCUAAAUCCGCUCUGGGCAUGUACAAAGGCAAGAUUGUCCAGUCAAAAAUUGGAUCCAUUUGGAAGUCAACUGCCACCGUGGGCGGGGAAGACCCCAAACCAUCAGCACCCAAAACAGGGGGUCAAAAGGCCGUAAAUGUAAUAAAAAGCAGGUCCAAUUCUCUUGCUGACAUGCCUGGACGUGGUGCAUACAAACCUGUGCAGACCAGGUCCAAGUCAGUGAUGGAUAGACCCCCUCAGGUGACCAAGCCUGCUGUCGUCAGCCGUGCUGCUGGAUUCCACUCCGCUCGCCCUCCUGCCAGGACCGUCCCGACAACGCUAGCCAGUGCCAGCUCCAGAAACACCAGAGUGGCCCCCGCCAGGGGAAGUGGGAUUCAGAGCUCAAAGAUUCUAGUGACUAACAAGCAGGUCAACAAACCUGCUGUUGCAAGUGCCCUCAGUCAGUACAGAGUCACCAUGGAGACAGCAGAGGAGAAAAGGGCGAAACUGGCCGAGUGGCUGGCCUCCAAGGGCAAGACCUUCAAGAGACCAGCCAUGACGGAACCCGCUAAAGCCAGAGUCUCUGCAAAACCUGCUGUAGAGCUAAAGCCACAGCCUCAACCCAGACUGGGAGCCUGCGAGCCAGACUCCGAGGGAGCAGUGUUCAAGACACACAGCCGAACUCCGGCGGUCAUGAACACCACUCUAGACCUGCUCGAAACCUCUGAUGAUGACCCGCAGGACAACGUGGAUGAUAUUGUUGUAAACCUGUGUGACGCUUUGGAAGCCAUGGCGACGCCCUCUAGAUCUGAUGAGCUCUCACAGGUGACGGAUGUCGUAAUGGAUGACUGCAAACCACAGUAUGAAUAUGAAGGGGAGCGGAAGGAGAUGUCUGAGGAUGUCGAGCAAGUGAAGGAGGAUGUCGAGCAAGUGAAGGAGGAUGUCGAGCAAGUGAAGGAGGAUGUCGAGCAAGUGAAGGACGAAGUAGAAGAAAGUGAGGAUGAGGAAGGAGAAAGUGACGUUGAGUGCGUGACGGAGACCGUGCCACAGAUGGAGGAUGCUUCAGUAAUAAAGUACAGUGUGAAGACCACUCCGUACCUGCAGCGUGUCAAGAAGACGAUUGACGAGGAGGCCAGCACAAGUGGGUCCAGGAGAAAGAGCAACAUCAAAGAUCUGAAGUUCCUCACACCGGUUCGUCGUUCUUGCCGCAUCGAGCGAAAAGCCUCCCGCCUGCCGCCGAUGCUGGUUGAUCCGGAUCCCUGCGUGUCGACGCUGGCCGAGCUGGACGACGAUCACGCCUACAUCUACAGAAAAAACCAUGCACUUCCAGACGGUCUGUCAGACCAGAUUGGGAGGGGCUCUGUAAAUGUGUGAUGUGCAAUAGAAAAAGAAAUGAUUUAAAUGUAUGGGACUGGAGCUAAUGGACACUUUAUACUGAUGUUUUUAAAUGGUUCUUUUAUUCAUCAAAAAUAAUUGUUAUAUUGGGAGGGGGACCUUAUUCCUCAUUGUUCUGUCUUUUGAAUGUAUGACACUAUUGUUCAUUUUAAUAUAAGUUGCCAUGUAUUGCCAAAUGCACUGCAAUAAAAGAAUAUUGUCUUUAUCCUAAA